UAUGGUUAGGCUAGGAAUAACCCUGUGGCUGAGCCUCCUCACUUUAGCCGGAGUCAAUGCCAAUAUUACCAACAUAUUUGCUCUUACCAACAAACAACUUUACGCAGAAAACUUAGCUGAGGAACAAUAUUUAAAUGUUUCCAAGCUAAGGAGCUUGGCAGUGGAGUUUUUUGAUCACUACUCUAAUGUUUCCCUGGCGGACAUAUCAUUGGAUCUAAACGUAAAUGCGGGGGAUAUAAAAUGCCUAGCGGAUAUGGCUCUUCUAUCCAAGGAUCUUUCAUCUUUUAAAUACUGGACCCUGAAGAUGAUUGACUCCUGGGGUCUGUUACCAUCGGGAGUGCUUGUGGGAAACUGGUGGGACUUGGGUAAUUUUGACGAGUGUAUUGCUAUAGACCACGCUGUGACCACCUUUCACAGUAUUAAGGGCAAAUAUUGCCUCUCCAAGUUAGCACUAGCUCCGAGCGUGUCGUCGAUGAUGGUCAUUAAGACAGCGGUCUGCUUUCCCGCCUCCUGUUCCGCCGCUAACAUGGAUACGAUGAUGCGAAGACUGUUUCAGACCCUUCUAAACGUGGAGAUCAGCGCAGACAAACAGAUUGUGGACGAGGCUACGUGUCAGACCGCGGAGAAGAAGCCGUACGAUGGUCUAACCAUAUUCACCAUAGUCAUCCUAUCCAUAAUGGGAGCUCUAGUGGGUCUCUCCACGAUCUAUGACUACUUUUUUAGCCAGGAUGAGAAAACGCUAAAUCCAGUGGUCAAAGCUUUCUCGGCACGUGCCAAUUCGCGAGCUAUAUUCCGCAUCGUAGAUACCAAGUCGAACCCAAAUGUCAUUGACUGUCUGCAUGGAAUCAGAUGUCUUUCUUUCAUCUGGGUGGUCUAUGGGCAUGAGUACCUAGUGGCUGCCAAGUCACCCAACAUUAAUCUGGGUGACAUGUUAACAUGGCUUAACUCCUUCUAUAGCGAAUUUGUACUGCAUGGUAUCUAUGCUGUGGACACAUUUUUCUUCUUGAGCGGACUGUUGCUCGUGCUGAUUGCUUUGCGGUCAAUGGAGAGAACCAAUGGAAAGCUUAACAUACCCAUGAUGUAUGUGCAUCGUUAUCUUCGGCUCACGCCCAUUCUGGCUUUUGCCAUACUCAUCUACAUGAAGAUUCUGCCUCUGUUGGGAAAUGGUCCACUGCAAGGAUCAGUAAAUUUUGAUAAUUACUCAGCCUGCGAGGACACCUGGUACUUGACACUCUUAUAUGUACAAAAUGUGGCAACCAAUAAACUGUGCUUAAGUCAUUCCUGGUACCUGGCCGUCGACAUGCAGCUCUACAUCUUUGCACCAUUUCUUCUUAUAGCCCUAUACAAAUGGGGAAAGAAGGCAGCCGCCGGAAUCUUUAUCCUUAUGCUACUUCUAGCCUGCUGUCUGUUUAGCAUUAUGGUUAUUAAAGAUCUCUCCCUUGGAGCACAAGGUGAUGAAUCUAUGAGAAAGCUCUACUACGCAACAAACACCCGUGCCUCACCCUAUCUCAUUGGCAUCUUAUUCGGGUACUUCCUACACAUUAAUCGGGGCAAGGAAUUCAAGUUGAACUUCUUCAUUGCCCUCUUGGGAUGGCUUGUUGGCUUGUCACUAAUAGCCACCUGCAUGUUCGCGGUCUAUGGCCAGAAUACUUUGCCUAUUGUGGAGGAGGCUUUCUAUGUGACCCUAACUAGGAUUGCCUGGCCACUGAGUCUCUGCUGGGUGGUAUUUGCCUGCAUGCAUGGAUACGGAGGACUGGCCAAUAGCUUUCUCUCUUCUCCACUUUGGCAACCCAUCUCCAAGCUCUCCUACUCCGCCUAUAUAUUCCACAUGUUCAUCGAGAGUCUCAACGGUGGGAUUACGCGGACCAGCACCUACUUCAGUGACUACCAAGUGAUGCUUCGAUUCUGGUCUGACUUUGGCUUUACGCUACUCUUCUCCUACUUCAUGCACAUCCUAAUCGAAGCACCAUUUGCUGGUCUGGAAAGUCUUCUGUUGCCCACAAAGAGACCAAGUGCUACGCCAGCAGCAGUAGCGCAAUCCAAGUUUCCAGAAGUGAAGACAUCAGCCAAGGAAUCUGCAGUAGAGGAAACUCCAAAAGCUAUACCCACCCCAAAUGAAAACGAAUUUGCGACUGAUCCAGAAAAAACUGCUGUUUAGAUGUCAUGCUUAGGAUUUUAAAAAAUAAUCUAUAAAAUAUAU